AUGCUCGUCACCGAAAAUAAUCGGGCGCUAUCGCCGAAGUCGCGAGACGCGCCGCGAGUCCGACGAGCUUCUCGAAGAGGCGACCUCACGGGGUCGCAUGGGCGGAUUCUCGUCGCUUCUCGGAGGCUAGAGCGAUCGAGAGUGCUGUCGCGUUUCGAACACGAGAAAGAUUUUGCAAACGGCGAUCGCGCGUGUGCGGAAAUAAACAGAAUCUUUCCGAAAGAUCGCGAUUCGCGUGGAUGUAGGCGCAACCAAAAGACGAAGACUUCUAGUUCUGUGUAGCGCUGAUGUGCGCGUGUGUGUGAAUAAACGUAGUAAAAAGUAACAAGUUCGCAGCAUGUAUUGCUUAAUAAGUGAACUUUUGCAAUUAGUAAAAAAGACGGACACGGUUGGGCUACGUGUCACUCGCUCCUCCGCAUAUAAGUAAAACGAGGUGGGGGAAAUUUGGGCGGACCACAACAAAGGAGUCAUGCCUUGCGAAACGAAGAUGGUCCUGACUUGCGUAAGCCAGUCGACAGUCAGUUCGACGCUGUUGCAAUAAAUAUUUGGACGAUUGAAAAGUCUCCAGUGGGUUUCAACGUAAUUCAAAGAACUGAGGAAGGAAGUGACGAACGAAAUCCAAGAGGGAAAUUAAUUUUGCGCUUUUCCGAUUCUCGUGGUGAAGAGCGAAAACGGAUCAGAGGGACACACGCUGAUGCGUUCGAGCGCAUUCUUCAUAAUAUUUACACGAUUGGAUGUUUAUGAGAGGAAUCAACACUCCACUUGUACGGUCAAUUUAUAGAACGUUGCAUUUGCGUUUACUGACGCGCGUAGAAACGGAUUCACGAGCGGUUAUGGAACGGAGAUAUUCCGAGUGGGAUACUCUCAAACGCGUUCGUGCGUAAUGCGCGGCGCAAAAAGAUAUGUGGCAAGAAUUUGCCGAGCGAAGAAGCUCACGGCUUAAUACGCGAUCUUAAUGUACGUCGUAGACGAAUUGGUAAACGAAAACAAUGGUGAUCUGACGGGAACAUCGUCAAUAUAGAAAUUUCGUUUACGAUUCUGUGAACAUCCCUCUCGAAGAGAACAUAGUGAAGGCAGGAGGAAGAAAAUAUAUCCAAAUCUCGGGGAUUCUCGCCGGAAUCCGAAUUAUCCGAAUUUUAUGAGUGCAGAAUGCUAUAUGUCGUAAGCAAAUCGGUAAACAAAGACAUCUGACAAAACAAGAACACUGUCAAUAUCGAAAUCUCUUUUACGAUUCUUUGAGCAUCCCUUUCUUCUCCCCCAAAACAUCAAAGUCAGGGGGAUGAAAAUAUUCAAAUCCUGAAAAUUCUUUCUAAAAUUCCAAUUUUACAUAGAUAAAUCGGCAAACAAAGAUAGUAAUUAUCUGACAACACAGGAAGAUUGUCAAUAUCAAAAUUUCGCUUCUGGUUCUUUGACUCUCUCCUUAAGUAACACAUUAAUUAUUCAACUCUCCAGAGGUUCUCUCCAGAAUCCGAGUUUUAAAUAUUGUAGACAAGUUGAUGAACAAAUACAUCUAACAACACGAGAACAUUGUCAAUUUUCAAAGUUCAGCUCAUGGUUCUUUGACCAUUCCCUCAAGUAACAAACCAGAAACGGGAAGAAAGUAACUAUUCAACUCUCAGAGAUUCCCUCCAGAAUCUGAGUUUUAAACACCUUAGAUAAAUUGGUAAACAAAAACAGUGGUCAUCUGACAACACGAGGACAUUUUUAAUAUCGACAUUUCAUCCAUGAUCCUUUGACUAUUGCUCUCAAGUAAUAAAGUGCAAGAAAAGUAACUAUCCAAACUCUUAAAAUUCUUCAGAAUCCGACUUUUAUACGUUAUAAACAUAUCAAUAAACAAAGACAGUGAUUAACUAACAAAUCUUCAAUAUCGAAGUUCCAUUCAUUGCUCUUUUUGAUCAUCCCCUUCAAGUGUAAAUCCCUCAACAAAGUUGAGGGAUCCCUUAAAAGACGGGAGAAAAAAUACUAUUCAACUUCCAGAGAUUCUCUUCAGAAUCCGAGUGUUAUCAGUAUCGUACCAAGUAUUGCAGCAUCACCUCGGAACCCACAUAAAAAAGAUGACACCACAAGGUCUCCGUCCUCUGUUAAAUAUUAGUCGCUAAAUCUUGAAGAACGUUUAAAUUCCACGUCGCACGCCCAACUAUAAGAUCCAAUGGCGGAGGAUAACACACACCAAGUCGAGGAACACAGCGUGUUCGACGUCGAGAGGAAGCUCGACAGAUCGAGUGGCUGUCGUCCACGAGACCAACGCGCUCUCAGAGUCAAGGACAAGCUCGAAGAGGGUCGACUUCCGACCCCGCCGCCUCUGCCGGACGCACAAUGCCCGCGGUUCGCUCGGGAUCGCGGGAUGCCCGGGUCUCGGGCCACCGGCCGGCCGGACGAAGAGGAAGAAGAGGAGGACCUGGUGGCUUACCUCAGCGAGCUGGGUGCGUCUCCAGUCGAGGGUCACUCGUUCGACUACGACACGCCGAACUCGGCGACUUCGGCGAUGGGCGUCGCGGCUGGUCCCUUCGCCGAGGAGGCCUUCGAGCACUUGGACCGGCUGUGCGCGUUGACAGAGCAGAUCCUGGAGCUGCGUGACCGCAGUUCCAAGCAGUUCCGGCGCGUGCGAGGGCUGGAGCGCGUCAAGGCGCUCAGGAAUGCCGAUCGCCGGCUGGAGACGGCCUUGGCGAACGACGAAGAGCUGCUCGGCGACUUCCCAGACGAGGACACCGGCUUCGCCGAGUCGUUGUUGGACGCGAUGUUGUCCAAUUGCCGCGACCCGCCGGCGCAGAGGAGGAACGAGCGUUCCAGUGUGCGCUCGCCGUCGUCGAGACAACGGAGCCGGUCGCUCGCCCUCGCCGAGCAAACCCUGACCGGCACGUCCAACGUGCCCGUCGAUCGCGCCGAUGCGGAUAAGAGGACUGUGAGGAACGCGGUCCGCAAUGGCGGCCCCAAGGUCAGCAAGUGGACCAGAGUGAAGGCGGCCUUCAAAUGGGAACGUGCCUGUACCAACGAUCUCGCGGAGAUCGCGGAAUCAAGCACUGCGACUCCGACGACACCCACGACGAGGUAUCUGAGGAUCCCGGAUGUCACUGCCGGCAGCUGGAGCGGAUCAGCUUUGUCGGCCUGCACCAGCGAGCUCUCGAGCCCAUCCACGCCGAUCGGCAGAGUAUCUCCUACGUCGUCGUCCAACGAGGAGGUUUUCGACGAACCGCGGAAAAAUAUCAUAAACUAUCCGGAUCGACAAUCGCCACAAGCGAAAGAUGAUAGGAAGAAAGACGAUCCAGAUCGACACAGUAGAUUAUUCGAUCGCGACACCUCCAUCGCGGAGAACGUUGAUUCCAUAGAACUUCCCAAUGAGGCCAGUCGCAAACCACUGAUCCGCAUUAUAUCCGAUGCGGACUCAAAGAUGCGUGUCGCGAACGGGAAGGACUCAGAAGUGCCGUCGAAAAGACCGACGCCGACCCUGACGAUCACGAUACCGUCGAACGAGGAGGAGAUCAGAAGCUUGUCCUCUCCCGAGUCGAUGUCACCUUUGCCCUCGAGCGCGCAGGAUUCCGGCGGAAGUUCGCCUCAACGUCCCAAAACGCGUCAGGAUAUUCUGAGCUCGCGGGAGUUUAAGCGGCAGUACUCGACAAUCGAGGAAGCGAUUGCGCCGGCACCGAAGAUACAGAGGCAAGAUUCGAAAUGGAACAAGGUCAGGCGUGCUUUUCUGACAAACGCCACCUUCAGCGUUCCCCCGAGCCCGGUUAGAGCGGUCGCCGCGCAAUCGUUCGCAAACGAUGAUACGCGCCGAGCUCGCAGCUGUAGCGAAAGCGUCGAGGAUCUCGGUAAAACCGUUGCAGGUACCAAGCACUGCCGAGCGGAAACGCUCAGGGACUAUCAGGCGCUGCGAGAGAAAUUCGGCGUCGAGUUUUAUCGGAAGCUGCUGGAAUGGGAGCGCCUGAAGGGCAAUCCGCCGCGAGUCCUCGCCGCGCGGAACGUCCGCGACGGCUUGCCGCUGAACGAGGAGCGGCUAGCGCCUGAGUUCAGGAAGAAGCUGCAGGACUGGAAGAGGGCGAAGAAGGGUCGACGGUCGGGAGCGAGCAUCGAGCAACAACGCGUCAGCCGUCGACGGCUGACCGAUUGGCAGCUCUGGCGCUCCUCGUCGAAACCUGAGCCCAGGUGUUAUGGCAAAAAUCAAAACUCGGUCAGUUCUCGCGGAAGUUGCGCGAGUAUCGGCAGUGCGGGGAGCUUCGCCAGCGACGGAAAGCAACAUCUUUGCGAGGAUUUCGUCAAGAGAAUGGAAGCGUGGAGGAGAAUGGGCGAGGCCGCGUGCAGAAACAGUGAGAGACCGAAACCACCGACGGCGAGUCGUGUCACAUCCGAUGUCAUCGACGAGACGGAAUUCUUCGCUUUGGAAAAGCUACUGUUGCUUUUUGGCCAAAGGAUCAGGAAGGAACGCCGGGAGAGCGACGCGAAGCAACUGAACGAUUGCUUCGAUGGCGACUCGAGAUUCACGGCUGCAUCUCGAGGCGUAAGUUGCGGCAACGAGGUGUUGAUUCGCACCUCCGUCGGCUCUUAUCGCUUCGAGGGCAUAUCUCGAGAGUUCACGAGGAAGUUAUACGAUUGGGAGAAGUACCGCGGAAUAUCACCGAGAUCCUCCACGUUCCGCCUGUUGGGGCCAGGUUACACACCGUUCGCGCAGAAUUCAGAUGAAGCUACGUUGACGGAGUCACCAAAUACGACAGGUAAGAAUCGUGCGCUUCACUGGAGCCUGAAGAGAUCCAAGUCCGAUGGGAGCGUCUUCGAAGAUACUCUGCGCGACGGCUCGUACACACUUCGUCGUUCUACGAGUCUGCACUCUUUGAUCUCUACGGACAAGCUUACAGAUGACAAUCGAAUAAACGCCCUGCCAACUUCUAGCAACCCGCAGGAUAUCAAGGAUCACUCUGAGGACACCGCGGUGGACUCCGAGCCGGAAGCGAUGAUCGUAGACAUCGAAGAUGUCAUUGAAGAAACUGCCAGUCCCCUGGAAAGGGUGCAGCCUCACCAGACUCCAGUUUACUCCGUCGCGGCCAGCGAGACCACCAGUAUCGCGGUUCCUCUCGGCACAGUCACUUCCAGUCACGAGCCCUCACCCGUAUUUCUGGUCGAAGCCGAGGACGACGAUGACGAUUGCGAACGAUGGGACGGAAGAACGUGGGUCCGCCAGGAAGCUCGCUCGAGCGAGAACAGUCCGAGUCCGGAACAGUUCCCGGCGUCUGAGGACUGGCACGAGAGGACGACGCCCGUGGACGAGGAUAAAGCGAGCUGGGAACCGUGGCGUAAAGAACACGACAGGGUGGACGAGGCCGCUGCUGCAGGAUGGACCGAGAGGACGGGCUGCUCGAUCCCGGACGACGACUCCGUGAAAUCCGACCGGCCGAUCGGGUGGAAUCAAGACGCUUGGGACGAGCUGGGCGAGAUUUUUCAGAGAUACGCCAACGAAGCGAAUAGACACUCGAUGGUGCGCGAGUUGCCUCUCACGCCGAUCUACGAGAGCAAUACCGGCAAAAAUGAUACCAAGCAGCAGAACUUUCUCGGCACCCAACGAAAAAGUGACAAUGUUGGACCUGCAGAGAACCUGGGAGCCACAUCCGCGAUCUGGAAUGCGGAGAAAUUAACGGACUCGCCGCGCACGUGUAAGAGGAUGAACGAGGCAAGGAAGACUGAGAAUUCAGCAGAUGAACCGAAUAACGAACGGAGGAGGAAUGUGGAGGAUCACCAAGACGCCGAAGACGUUGCGAAAUCCGAAAAAACGAUGCCCAGUGCCGGUUUUCACACUUAUCAAUUAACAACACCGUCAAAUUGUCGCAGUUCCAAGGAAACUUUCUCGAAUAUAUCCAAUUUAAAUUUGGACGAUGACAAUGGCUCUUUGAAAUGUCACGGCGCUGAUACCGGAAACGAGACAUCGGUACGUUACGAGAAUUACAGUUUAUCCGAGCUGCAAAGCGACGUCGACCGACAUUACGAGAUUCUCACGUUUAAGACGGACACGUGCGACGAUACGGUUGAUAACCGCUUUUUAUACGAACCAAUUGGCUGUCACGAGAAUCGCAGUCCUCCUCGCAGUAAUCAAAAUACGAGAGUAAAGCUCUCGUCAUCAAGAUUACCUGGCGUGGAGAAAUCAGACCUCUCGGAAAUUCCGACGAAUCUCUUGAUCGAUUCGACAAUUCGGACCAUCCCGAUAACCGUCUCUAGAGAUAACGAAGCGCGCUGUCUCGAGAGGAUUCUGAUCAAUGAAGAAACAUUGAACAAAAUAAUCGUUCCUACGAGCGCGGAGAGCGGCACGAAGAGCGCGGGGAGACCUCGGGAUCGUUUCGCGAACGCUGAUCAUCUGGAAGAAAGCACAGCGGUCAGCGAUCAUCGGCAUGACGGCGACCACGCAACGGUGAGAAUGGCCGAGGAUCACCAAGUCGUGUGCACCAAGAAGGAUGGAUCUUCCUCCAGAAAUGUCUUCGUGAGGACGAAGCGCAUGAUCUUCGGACCGUUCCGCCGAUCAGAGGAUCGCCCUUUCUCGAGGAAGGAGAGCGACGGCUCCGUGGACGAGCGACUUCUGCGUUCCAAGUCCAAGAGUAAAUCGAGGUCAUCUUCACCGAAGCUGUGCCGGCAAGACGCUCUGCUGCGCGUAUCGUUGUCUUUGCCAUGGCCGCUGCGCUCCACCUCGAAAGAGAGCGAGGUUGCCUCCGGAACUGAGUCCAGGAGAAGUUCAAGCGGCAAGGCGGAAGACGUAGUAACGGUACAGAGAAGGGACUCUCGUUGCAGCAAGUUCAUUAGCGACGAGCAGAGAAACACGGAUGAUAAAAAGCCCAACGAUCAAGUGACUAACGAAGAACCGUUGUCCACUGAGAUAAAUCAACCACAGACUCAUCACGCAGUCACAAAGCCUAGCGCCGCGUUGGUAAACACGAGGACUUCGGUGGGAACGUCCUCUCCGUGCGUUUUGGAGCAAGCAGACCGGUCAAGAGUCGUUAUGGUCGGGCAGGAACAGAGUACGAGUCGAAUGCAGGACGAGGGCAAGCGUGGUCGAACGCAGGACGAAGGAGAGCAGGACCAAGUCAAGUGUAGUCGAGCACAGAACGAAGAGGAGCACAAUGCGGACAGGUGCGGCGAAAGGCAGAGCGAAGAGAAACCGGACGAGGUGAAGUGCAGUCGAAGGCAGGACGAGCUGAGGCAGCAGCAGGACGAGAAUCACGCGAAGGGCGACGCGGUGCCGUCGGACUUGAUGCACAAACUCAGAAUACUCUCAGACGCCGCGGCGAGAAGGGAAGGACGAGUGACUGCUGCUGCGGAGAGCUUCGCGGUCAGCAGCUCGGAAUCGCGCUCCUCCAGGAUACGGCGUGCCAAGGAGAGUUUCCUGUCGCGCCGAGGCGGUCCCUUCUGCCGCUCGAUGAUGGAGCCGCCGGAAGCGGGCAGUCGCGAGAACGAUCCCUGGAGACGAAUGUCCACGUCCAGUCAGGUCUCGAGACCGAGUGAAGCCGCGGCGUCCACCACGGAGUCUGAGGAAGGCGCGAGAAGUGCGAUGGAAGCGGCGGUCCCGCACGACGAAAGCUCCAGUUCGAGCGAAGACCAAAGCUGCGCGCAUCAAGAGGACCUCGACGUCGGUGUGCGAGCGGACCUGGUGAAGUCCGCCAGCGCUGGUAUGAUCAACGUGGACCCCGACACGUUCGGCCGGCUGGUCGCGGUCGAUCGCGGAUGCGAGUCCUUGCCGAGGACGAUCGCGAAGCGCCGCGACGCGUCCGGCCCGUUGGCGAAGAUCGUCAGCAAGCUGAAACUCUCACGCCUGAUCCGCGCCAAGAACGUCGACGGCGGCAACAUGAGCACGAUCUCGACGUUGUGCAGGCAGAGCCUAAUGAUCAACAUGCAAAGCAGCUCGGAGGCUCGGCGCGAUGACGAGGUUGCGAAUGGUCCGGAAGAAACCGCGCACGACGCGGAUAAAGAUGAUGACGGUCAGGUCGAGUCUUCCGAAAAGAUCCACGAAUAAAUGCUUCGUACGAGUCAAUUAUGUAAUCUUAGGUGUCUCUUUGUGAAUUCGUAUCUGUUUCUUCAAAUUUUCUUCAGCCGUGUAAACUACGCGGCUGUUUAACUUUUUGAUAGGGGAGACCAGGACUGUAUGCCCCCAACGGUAUGUUGCGCAUGUGCUUUUUCUAGUAUUUAUCUUGAGGAAAAUAGUGGAUACACAGAAUCGCGAAAUAGUCCUUUUAAAACAUAAAUAUUGUUUCCUGAGUUUCAUUAAAAUCGGAAUAAUAUUACAGUUCCUACACAACAGAAAUGUUCAAAAUACAUCAUAGGGAUAUCCUAGAAAUGUUGCGAUUAGAGAUGGACGAUACCGAUACUGAUUGUAGCUUAUAAUCGAUUAUUUCUGUUCGAUGUUCCAUCUCUACAGCCGAGCGCGAACUUCGAACACGAUCGUCCACUCGCCGUCCUCCAUUACUUGCUUCGCCAUCUCGCUCGCGCUCGCUUAUCUGCCCGUCUGUCAUUGUGGCUGUUUACGAUAAUUCGAGUUGGAGUAAGUACGAGUUAGUUUCACUAGGGCCGAAAAAUAUGAUAGGCACAAGCAUCUAGUAUUUUCAUGAUUUAUGACAACUCAAUGCUGUCCGAUAAAUCGAGUAGAGUUAGGGUAGUAUAGCGGAUAGUAUAUGUGUAAGAGUUAACAGUAUCAUGUAACAUAGUUUCGUAAAAUAUGUAACAUUAAUGUUACGAAACAAUGAUUUAUUACAUUUUAGAAAAAUUAGAAGCACUAAAUUAAAUUAUGAAAAGAUAUGUAUUUGU